UUUCAAAUGUGCAUAACUGCGCUCUGUCUCUAUUGGCGUGAACCAAUCAGAUGAGAGCUGAUAUCUGCAUCACCAGAGUCAGCUAUUCACACUCACUCGCUGAGAUGAAGAGAUCAAGAGUUACUGCACUUAUAUAUGUUUUAUUGUUCAGUCAGAUCUAUGGAGCAGAUAUCGAGAUGAAGGUCAGACUAGGAGACAACAUCACUCUUCACUGUGACCGUCCUUUAACUGGUGGUUUGGGCAUUGUGUGGAUGAAAAACAGUUCUUACGAAUUUCAACCCUCUCUCAUAAUAGAUCAUCGGAAAGAGACAUUUAGACGCUUCAGUUUUCCUAAAAGCUCCAACAUUAAUUCUUUUGAUCUACACAUUACUAACAUUACAGUUUUUGAUCUGGGACUGUAUUACUGUGCUGAAUAUGACAGAAAGUUAAAUAAUGACGAAAAAGUCAUAUACCGAUAUGAUGUGUAUUAUUAUGGAAACCGAACAACUCGUCUUUCUCUCGCUGUAACUUCAUGUUCUGGAGACUCCAGCAGCACCGUCUCUCCUCCUUCUCCUGUAUCAGACUGUUUUCUCUGCUGGAUGCUGCUGGUCAGUGUUUGUGUUGUGUGUUUUCUCAUCUGCUUCAUCUGUGUCUACUGCCUCUGCCAGAGGAAUACAGAUAUGUAUAGAUUUGGUACUAAAAUGAACCGUUUAGGUGCAAUGGUGUACUUUUUGAAAGGGUACACCCCGAAUGACAGCUAUAGAGACCAUUUUGACCAUUUUGUCUGUUAA